UGUAGACAGUUUAUAAUUUACAUUCGAGAUAAAAAUAAUUAUUAGACGUACCGGUACGUGUAUGUUAGUGAAUACAUAGCAGCUUGAGAGUGACUAUCAACAUGUGUUUUAAACAAACAAGCGGUUUAGGUUCAUUUAAAUGUUAGACAUAUCAUUAUAAAAAACUUGCAUGUUCUUUAUUUAUUUCAAGUAAAGUCUAGUUGAGUUUGUAGACAAUAGUGCAAUCUUAGUACCUAUUAUCUAGUGUUAUUAUCUAGAUCUGUUUUGUUAUCAUACCUCUACAUAUGAGAAGUUUUUUAAUUGUCUGUGCUAGACUCACAAAUCUAUCAAAAAUGUCUUCAUACAAAUUGGUUAUGAUUCGUCAUGGGGAGAGUGAAUGGACCAACCAGAAUUUAUUUUGUGGCUGGUAUGAUUCUCAACUGAGUGAACAGGGACACAAGGAUGCAAUUGAAGCGGCAAGAUUGCUAGUAGAGACAGGUAUGAAAUUUGAUGUUGUAUUCACCUCUCUGCUUAGCCGAGCUGUGUGCUCCGCCAAAGCAAUACUUGACGAGCUUGAUCAGAAGCAAAUCCCGAUUGAAAAGGCUUGGCAACUGAAUGAGCGACAUUACGGUCAUCUGACGGGCAUGAAUAAGGAAAAAGCUGUGGAGCAAUAUGGAUAUAAACAGGUACAACUUUGGAGGAGAAGUUUUGACAUUCUUCCACCUCCAAUGUCCAAGGAUCACUUCUGUUACGAUGUGAUUGCAGACUAUUUCAAAAAGUUCGGAGAUGAAAUCCAUGUUCCUGAAGUUGAAUCGCUAAAAACCACUAUGGAAAGAGUUGUUCCUUACUGGAGGGCAACAAUUGCUCCUUGUAUUUUGAGCGGCAAGAAUGUCCUGAUCGUCUCACACGGCACAGUAUUGAGAAGUCUGAUAAAACACAUUGAAGGUAUUUCCGAUUCAGAAAUAACUAACAUAAAUGUACCUACAGCGAUUCCAUUCAUAUACGAGUUCAAUUCAGAGCUGAAACCUCAAAAACCAAAAACGUUCCUUGGUGAUCAAGAUAAACUCGAGUUAUCCAUCAAGAGAACAGCUUCUAUAACCAGAUCGAAAUAGAAACAAAUUAACCAAGACUAAGAUAUUACAAUUUUUGAAAUAUAUUUUUUCAAAACGUUCGCCAGUAGUAUUAGUUUGAGGAAAGACUGAUUCAAUAGGCCUCAAUGAUAUUUUUGACGGUAUUGUUAGGUACCGUACAUUUACAAAAUUUUCAUCAUGUUAUAGAUAAUAAUUAAUUAAUAUGUAAAUUAGACCUAAAUAUGGUGAAAUACUAACAGUAUUAUUUCAAAAUAUUCAUGGUUUUUAGAAUUCUCUAUUAUGGUAAACGGAGUUUGUUAUUAAAAUGUUAGGUAUUAAUAUUCACUAUAGGUACCGUGCAGUAUCUAAUUUUUUGACUUUAAUAAUAAUAAUGAGAUAAUAAUA